AUGAAAGCUUGUGUUCUGAACGGGCCGCUGCAGAAGCUGGAGGAGACAUUCGACCUCCAGCUAUGCCGUCGAUCUGAAAUUCUCGUUCUCGCAAGGAACAGGAGACCUGAUGUUACAGUGCCCAAGGCUAGUAAGCAUGAGGCGGCUACCCCAAAUUGGGCGUUCAGACCAACCCUAAAUCCAGGAGAAUCGCCAAAGCAGUCGAACGCAGGCGAGCUGCCGCACAAAGUGCUGAGGAAAAGCAAAAAAGUAAAGAAAGAGGCGGAAGACGGAGAGGCAGAGGCAAAGACAGGUACCAACAAACAGCUUCCCGGGAGUUCCUUUCGCACUCAAGAAAGCAAAUCACCGCAACAGAGGAACGAGACAAACAAAGCUGCUAAAGGAGGAGAGAGUCUAAAGUGCAGGAAGGGCAGAUCUUAUCUUUCUAAUCUGUCGGUAAGAAAUGCUUUCAUUCAUAUGGCGGUUGACACAAACAGCGCCAGCAUUAAUUACCUGGCAGAGCUGGAGAAGAAAAGGAGAGACAAGGAAGCUCUGCGGUUGGCGAGACAAAAGCAGCUGUAA